CAUUUUCAUCUGCAGAAAAAUCAAAAUGCUAUCGAGAGCAUUUACAAAACAGAGAAGGAGUACCAAAGAUGGUGAACAAAGCCAAUCAGGGAUGUUAGUCCAUGAGUAUGAGGAUAUCAUCAUAGGGUUCAUGGACGAUCUACCGUUGAUAUCCUUCAAUGGGGCUCAACUGUACUUGAAGGAAGUAUUGAGGGCAUCUGUUGGGGUGAUGGGGGAGAGUCGUCUGGGGAUGACGGAGAAGGUUGUAUUGGGGAAGGGUAGAGUAUGCGCUGUGAAGAGGUUUAGGAAAGUAAACGUUGGGAGAAAUGAGUUUGGGAGGAGAGUUGAGGUAAUGGCUCAAGUCAGUAACAAGUGUGAAUACCAUGUGCCUAUUGCUGCUUAUUUGUACGCCAAGAGGAUCAGGUUUGUUGUUUGCGAUUAUCAUCCCCUCGGAAGCUUAGCUGACCUACUGGCCGGUGGGAGGCGCGAUUACACGGCGUUAAAUUGGAGCCAACGGCUGACCAUAAUAGUUUCCGUUGCGCGGGCAAUUGCUUUCAUACAUUCACAAUCUCCUCCGACGUCGGAACGGAAUUUCAAAUUGAACGUUCACGGCAGCAUCAAACCCUCCAACGUCAUGAUGAAUAUCGACUUCACCGCCCGUUUAUCUAGUUACGGCUUCAUUCAACUGGCCGAGUACCGUCUCCAAGAUAUCGGCACCUCACAGCCGAAAACACUGCUACAGGCGGCGGAGGAAAGGCGAAUCCACCGGGAAUGGUUUGUCACAGAAGAGUGGCAUAUACGAUUUCGGGCUACUGUUGUUGGAUAUACUGGCAGGGAUAAGCGGUCGAGGUUUAAUCAAGUGCAUUCUAGGUUGCCUGAAGCUAGACCUUCAAUGGAGCAGAUUCAGUUGAAUCUUAGUGAAGUGCUAAGUAAAUAAUCAGUUAAUCUCUGUAUUUUAUAAUUAAUUACACCAUUGAUA